AUGGGUCUCCUCCAAGAACUUGCGAGCCACCCGCUCGCACAACAAUAUCAGGAGCUUCCCCUGGCCCAGCAGAUUGGAAUUGGCUUUGGAGCUUUCAUAGUUCUCUCUGUCGUUCUCAAUGUACUCAACCAGCUACUCUUCAAGAACCGUAAUGAACCACCCCUGGUCUUCCACUGGUUCCCCUUCGUUGGAAGCACUAUCACAUACGGAAUGGACCCCCCUAAGUUCUUCAGGGAGAACCGUGCCAAGCAUGGCGAUGUCUUCACCUUUGUCCUCCUCGGAAAGAAAACCACUGUCGCUGUUGGCCCCACUGGAAACGACUUCAUCCUCAACGGAAAGCUCAAGGAUGUCUCUGCCGAGGAGAUUUACACUGUUCUCACUACUCCUGUCUUCGGCAAGGAUGUCGUGUAUGAUUGCCCCAACGCCAAACUCAUGGAGCAGAAGAAGUUCAUGAAGAUCGCCCUCACGACCGAAGCCUUCCGAUCAUAUGUGCCUAUUAUCUCCUCCGAGGUUCGCGAUUACUUCAAGAAGAGCCCUGAUUUCAAGGGCAAGUCCGGUAUUGUCGACAUUCCCAAGAAAAUGGCCGAGAUCACUAUCUUCACUGCCUCACAUGCCCUCCAGGGCAGUGUUAUCCGUAACAAGUUUGAUGAGUCUCUGGCCGCUCUCUACCACGAUCUCGACAUGGGUUUCACUCCCAUCAACUUUAUGCUUCACUGGGCUCCUCUGCCCUGGAACCGCAAGCGCGACCACGCCCAGCGCACUGUGGCCAAGAUCUAUAUGGACACCAUUAAGGAGCGACGCGCUAAGGACAACGAUGACACCGAGCACGAUAUGAUGAAGCAUCUCAUGAACUCUACUUACAAGAACGGCACCCCUGUCCCUGAUCAUGAGGUCGCCCACAUGAUGAUUGCUCUUCUCAUGGCUGGCCAGCACUCUUCUUCUUCUACCAGCUCUUGGAUCAUGCUCCGUCUCGCUCAGUACCCUCACAUCAUGGAGGAGCUGUACCAAGAGCAGGUUAGAGAGCUCGGUGCUGAUUUGCCUCCCCUGACUUACGACGACCUUGCCAAGCUGCCCCUCAACCAGGCCAUUAUCAAGGAGACUCUCCGCCUUCACGCUCCUAUUCACUCUAUCAUGCGCGCCGUCAAGUCUCCCAUGCCUGUUCCUGGAACCAAGUACACCAUCCCGACCUCGCACACUCUUCUCGCCGCUCCUGGUGUCAGCGCUACCGACUCGGCCUACUUCCCCAACCCCGAUGAGUGGGAUCCUCACCGAUGGGAGGCCGACUCUCCCAACUUCCCCAGAAUGGCUAACCGUGGCGAUGACGAAGAGAAGAUCGACUAUGGCUACGGUCUUGUCAGCAAGGGUUCUGCCUCUCCUUAUCUGCCCUUUGGUGCUGGUCGUCACCGAUGCAUUGGCGAGCACUUUGCCAACGCCCAGCUUCAGACAAUUGUUGCUGAGGUUGUGCGUGAGUUCAAAUUCCGCAAUGUGGAUGGCGGCAACACUCUGAUCGACACCGACUACGCCUCGCUUUUCUCACGACCCUUGGAGCCCGCCAACAUUCACUGGGAAAGACGCCAGCAGUAG